AUGGUUAAAUCGCUCUUCAAUAUUUGUUUGGCAGCUGUAUCACAAAAUAAUCUCUACAAAGAUAUUGCUGAAUUGCCAGAUGUUUGUAAACAGCGACUUCUCGAAUUCUUUAGUUCGCAUGAUCAGCUUUUCGAUACACAAUGUAUUCAGUUGGUUUCGUCCGCAUCAUUUGGUCGUUAUUUAACUCAUUUACGAUUUUAUCUCGAUGAUCAGCUGUCGGAUGCGAUUCUUACAUCGAUCGCUGUUCACAAUCGUAUUCUCGAGGAUAUUGCCAUAAUAUUUUGUCAAAAUAUUUCUGAUAAAGGGAUUCAAGCUAUCACUGUUGGUCAAAAUCGUUUACGUAAGCUGGAGCUAAGGGCAUUGAAAAAUCUCACAUCGAAUGGUCUACAGUUUAUUCACUCACGUUUCUUGCACUCAGUUGAUUUAAGUUCAUGCACUAAGAUCACCAGUGAUGGGAUCUAUCGGCUUGUACGGCGAAAUCGAAAUAUUUCGAGUCUUUAUUUGAACCAUUGUCGAGGUUUAUGUGAUCAGGCAUUGUAUGAUAUUGCGCAUUAUCUCGGUAAGUCGCUAUGUGUGCUUCAACUUGAUUUUUUGCCAAACCUCACAGAUCCUGGAACGACCCUUUUCAAUCUCAGUCAAAAAUGUACAAAUAUUCGUCAUUUAUCACUCUGCCGUUUUUUUGAGGUAAAUUCAUUAUUCGUGAAGUCCAAAAAAUUUUGA